GGUUUGUUGUCGCGAAGCUCCAUGUUGCCUGCUACUUUGUUCUGAGAUGCGAAGAGGAUAUCAAGUCUCCAUGAUUCACGAGUACCUGGCUUUCCUGAGCAUAAAUUCGGCAACAUCUCGACGUAACAACAUGCUGUAUUCUUCUCUUCAUCAACAGCUGUUGUCCUUCGAUACCUACAUUGCACACUGUCAGCCGCCUUAACCCGCUUCACGACAAUGGCAACUCCAGUCCCGUCCUUCUCCCGAGGAGAUCUGCUGUUCUCCGUGGCCCAGCGCACGACGGCUCGCACGGCUCGGAUCUCCAGCUGGGACCAGUCCGGCCUCAACGAGGAUGCCUUCGUCGUGCAGCCCGGCGAGACGGCAGUCCUCGCAGAUCUCGAGGGCCCGGGCAUGAUUACUCACCUGUGGUUUGUGCAAACUUGCCGACGCAUCCUCGGACCGGGCCUGAUUCCGUACUCCAAGUCAGGCGUCGCCAUGAUGGAGAUCCACAACGCCUUGGGUCUCAGCUACGAAGACAGCGAUCCCGACUACUACCGCAAGGUACUCAUCCGCAUGUACUGGGACGACUCCGAGACCCCCAACGUCAUCGCUCCGAUUGGGGACUUCUUCUGUCUCGGCCACUCCAUGGCUGCCAACUUCCAGUCCCUUCCCUUCACCGUCUCGGUGAAGCCGUCCGAGGAAAAGAAGUUUGGCGGCUCGGCUGCCUUCAACUGCUACCUGAUCAUGCCGUUCAAUACGCGUGCCAGGAUCGAGAUUGAGAACCAGGGCGAACACGCCUACUUCCAAUACUUCUACAUCGACUAUGAGCUGCGCCCCACCCCCUUCGAUCCGAACGAAAUCCUCUACUUCCACGCCCACUGGCGGCGCGAGAACCCCACCAACGGCUGGGCACCGAAUGCUAUGCAGACCAACAGUCUCGAGACCCAGGUCCCCAACCUCACCGGUGACGGCUACACCAUCCUCGAGACGACUGGUUCGGGCAACUUCAUCGGCUGCAACCACUCGGUGCUGCAUCACCAGGGCACUUGGUGGGGCGAGGGCGACGACAUAAUUCUCAUCGACGACGACACCUGGCCGCCCAGCAUGCACGGCACCGGGGGCGAGGACUACUUCAGCCAAGGCUGGGGCAUGCAGAAGAACGCCUACCCCUUCUGCGGCACCAUCAUCCACGAGGAGGACGUCCCCGGCUACCAGGUCUCGUACCGGUGGCACUUGGCCGACCCGGUGCGCUUCAACAAGAAGAUCACAGUCAAGCUGGAGCACGGACAUGCCAACCAUCUCCGCGACGACUGGUCCACGAUGGCCUACUGGUACCAGACGCUGCCGGGACCCAAGCUGGAUAUCCUCUUUGUCGACCAGCGACUUCCCAACAGGCCCACCGUUGCGCCGCCUCCUGACCCGGCCCCUGAUAGGCCCUUGACUGACUUGCAGCAGCAGCUCAUCACGCAGAGAGAGGAGAGGCUCGAUGCCUUUGUGCGGGACCGCAACCAGUGGCUGGAGAGAAGGGCCGAGGCGUCCCGGAAGAGAGCGCAGAAAAAUAUCGAGAUUGCGAAGGACAUUAGGAAACGCUUCGUACAUAGCCUGCAGGCUUAGAUAGGUGGGCAGUAGGGAGGUGCCAAUCAUUGGAGAUGUUGUGGUCGCUUCAAGUUCA